AGCAACGAGAUAUGGACCCCAUUUAUUACAUUAAUUAAACAAAUAGUUUAGUUUGUCUAUAUUAAGAGAAAUUCAGAAACCUAAACCUGAAAAAUCCAAUUUUCAAGGAGUCUCUUCAGCGCUUCGGAUCCCGAAGGUUUUGGUGUUGAUUUUGUUUUCCUUGACCUGGGUUUUGUGAUAUCUUGACGAUAAAAAAAACAUAUUAAGGUGAAGAUAAAGGGAAAACCCUAACGGGGGUUUCUUGGGAAAGAAGCAACCAUUGUUUAGGAAGGAUUCCAAGGCAUUUAUUGAUCUUUAACAAGAAGAAAAGAAGAAAGAGAGUUCAAAGGUUGCUUGAGAAAGGGUUCAUCGUAAGGGAGUUAGAGAAGAUGAAUUGCUUUUCAUGCUUUUAUUUCCAUGAAAAGAAAAAAACUCCCAAAGAUUCAGAUAACAGCCGCCGGAGAAAUGGCGAGUUGACCGGUAGAGACAACAACAAAACACACCCUGAGAUUCCAGACAAGACUGGAAAUGAGCAGAACAAGAACAAUGAUGCAGAAAAAGAAAUGACCAACAACAUUGCUGCUCAGACAUUCACCUUCAGGGAGCUAGCUACUGCCACCAAGAAUUUCAGACAAGAAUGUUUGAUCGGUGAAGGUGGCUUUGGUAGGGUUUACAAGGGCAAACUCGAAAAAUGUGGCAAGAUUGUGGCAGUGAAGCAAUUAGAUAGAAAUGGUCUACAAGGAAACAAAGAGUUCAUCGUAGAAGUGUUGAUGUUAAGUCUCUUGCAUCACAAGCAUCUCGUGAAUCUUAUUGGUUAUUGUGCUGAUGGAGAUCAGAGACUUCUUGUCUACGAGUACAUGUCUCGUGGUUCACUCGAAGAUCAUCUCCUCGGUAAAAAAAAACUACAAAACCUAAAGAUCGGUAUAUUUUAUUUGAUUAGUUUCCAAUAUUUUAUUGAAAUGGUUACAGACCUAACACCUGACCAAGUACCGUUGGAUUGGGACACAAGGAUCAGAAUCGCGCUAGGAGCCGCGAUGGGUCUUGAAUACUUGCAUGACAAGGCAGAUCCUCCGGUGAUCUAUAGAGAUCUCAAGGCAGCUAAUAUCCUUUUGGACAGUGACUUCAACGCCAAGUUAUCAGAUUUUGGGCUAGCGAAGCUAGGUCCUGUCGGAGACAAACAACAUGUGUCUUCAAGAGUUAUGGGAACUUACGGGUACUGUGCUCCAGAGUAUCAGAGAACCGGUCAGUUAACCAUUAAAUCAGAUGUUUACAGCUUCGGAGUUGUGUUGUUGGAACUGAUAACUGGACGAAGAGUUAUUGAUACGACCAGACCCAAAGAUGAACAGAACCUAGUGACUUGGGCACAACCGGUGUUCAAAGAACCGAGUAGAUUCCCGGAGUUAGCGGAUCCAAGUCUUGAAGGAGUGUUCCCGGAGAAAGCACUUAACCAGGCAGUGGCUGUCGCUGCAAUGUGUUUACAGGAAGAGGCAACGGUACGGCCACUCAUGAGCGACGUUGUGACCGCUCUCGGUUUCUUGGGAACUGCUCCUGAUGGCUCUAUCUCUGUUCCACGAUACGACGACGUUUCCCCUCCUCAGCCGCCGGGUGAAACAUCCCGUGAGGAUCCUGCGGCGGCUGAGGAACGGGAGAGAGCCGUGGCGGAGGCAAUGGAGUGGGGAGUAGCUUCAAGGGCGCAUUCUCGGAACCCAAGUGCAGCACAGUCCCUAAAUCCAAGUGCUGCACAGUCCCGGAACCCAAGUGCAGCACAUUCCAGGAACCCAAGUGCUUCUUGAUUAUAAAUUUUUUACAUCUUUUUGUCUUCUUGAUUUGGUUGUUUCUUUCUUUUUUUUUGUUUGGCUUUUUGUUUUUGAAGUUUCAGAGAAUAGUGAUAGAAGUAUGUUCUGUUUUGUUUGAAUUUAUAUAUUGCAGCUGGGUUUUUAUAGCUCGAGACUGCAAAUUUCGUGGAUUAUACUCUUGGCUGCACGUUGAUAGACCGCGUCAUAGGAAGCUGGGUCGAGGUGUUUCAAAUUUGUCAGAUCAUGAGGGAAUGAUCAUUUUUACAUCUUUUUGUUUUCUUGAUUUGGUUGUUUUGGUAUGUUACAGAGUAAAUCAUUAGAGCAAAUCCGACUCUAUAAUAUAGUUAUUCUAUUUUAGAGCAAAUCCGAUUCUGUGAUAUAGUUAUUCUAUUUUAAAGUAGAAUAUAGAGAAAAAUAUAGAAGAUUAUAGGAGAUGCUCUAAACAAAAAUCAUUUAAACGACUUCUCAUUUAAUAUAUAAGAGGACAAGAGUGAGUGUUGCAUAAGAAGAUAGAUGUAAACCAAAGGCAGGGAGAAAUGACUUGGUAUCAAAUGUAUGAUAGAUUUGUCCAGGGUAUUCCCCUUGAUCCUAACCGGAGGUUGCUUACAAACUUGGGUUCACUUUGGGUUGUAUGGAUCCGGAAAACUGCUCUCAAGUCAGUAAUAAAUCUGAUGGUUCAUGGAAAUGGUUCAAAUUUCUCAAGCUUCAACAACAGGCACUGUUACGAAUUUCUGCGUUCUCAGAUUCAUAAUUGUAAAAAUAUUCUGUUUUUGUUUAAUGAUUGAUUGAAUAUGGUAAGUGACUGAUGUAACAAGAUCAUUAGUACUUGGCAUCAAUCGGCAGCAAAACUUCGCAUAAAUACAUUUUAUCUUUUGUGAUAUUUAAUCUUUCCAAAUUUUCUAUAGUAAACGAAUUUUCUUUUGUUAUAAAAUAAUUUUAACAUUUAAACCUAAUAUUAAAAAUGAAAUAUUUGAAUGUUUAUUUCUACUAAUAAUAUGUGUUUAUUUAAUUAAUAUAAUACUUUAGAAUAAUAACUAAAGACGAAAUACAUAAAAUUGAUAUGAAAACAACUAAAUGGAGUUCAACUGCAAGAUUAUGAACAAAACCAUUAUUAAUUUUUUUUUAUUAACUCCUUUAAUAAAUAAUACACAAUUAUUUCAACAACCAGUUAUGAAAUAACAUAAUUGUUGCUUGUUCGUUAAAAGUUAUCAAAUUCAUACAAGAUAAAAUGCUAAAUGUACAAAUAGAAAUAGUUAUCGAAGUUUACCGUUACGAUCAUAUGACCAGAAACCUACUUGUUUUACAGUUCUACUAGGUGAUUUUCCCGCAUGCACGGGUAUAAAUAUUAAUAAAUUAAAUACAUUAUAAAAAUUUAUGAUAUUUUGUUUUUAAUUUUUAAUCAUUCGGUUAUUUAUAUUGUAAUCAAUAUGAAUGGUUUAUUUUAAAUAAAAUUAUGUUAUUUAAUUAGACAUAUAAUAUCUCAACUCUUUGGUUACUGUUUGUAUAAUUUUGGAUAUAUUAGAUAACAUUUAAUUUUUUGAUUCAAUAUUUUUUGUUCUACAAAUUAAAAUUUUGAUUAAUUUUGUUAUUUUCAUGUGGUUUGAUUCUUGUCUUACAUUUGUAAAUAUAUUUUAGCAAGACUAAUUAUAAUUUAAUAUAUGUUGUUUUGAAAUCUUAUGCAUAUAUAUAAGUUAUACAAAAUACUGAAUUGUAAUAGUUGAUUAGUAUAUUUAUAAAAUUAUUUGAAAAUUUCAUAAUUUAGUAAUAUGUUCAAUUUUUUAUAAUUUAUUCGUAUAAAAGUAUUACUAUAAAUAUAUGUAUAUAUUAUUUUUAUUCAAUGUUUGACUUUGUAUAAAAACUUUUGGAUUGGUCUAGUUAUUCAUUUUGUGGGUAUUAUGAAUUACAUAUAUUCCGUUAAAUUAAAGUAUAAUUAUUUCUAAACUAAUUCAACCAAAUCGUAUUAAUUGUAUUCAUUGUAUUAGUUUUGUUCUUCAUUUUAGAUAUGUUAAUAUAUUUUUGAUUUUUUAGUAAUCUGGUAUAUUUUAAUUUGCAAA